UGCUUUUCCUCAGAUUGUUUGUUGGUUGUGUCCCGAACCAGAAUGUCUGGACGCGGAAAACAGGGCGGCAAGGCGCGGGCCAAGGCCAAGACUCGCUCUUCCCGAGCCGGUCUUCAGUUUCCAGUGGGUCGUGUGCAUCGGCUGCUACGAAAAGGCAACUACUCGGAGCGGGUGGGCGCCGGUGCGCCGGUCUACCUGGCCGCUGUGCUCGAGUACCUGACGGCCGAGAUCCUGGAGCUGGCGGGCAACGCGGCCCGCGACAACAAGAAGACGCGCAUCAUCCCUCGUCACCUGCAGCUGGCCAUCCGCAACGAUGAGGAGCUCAACAAGCUGUUGGGCCGUGUGACCAUCGCUCAGGGCGGCGUCCUGCCCAACAUCCAGGCGGUGUUGCUGCCCAAGAAGACCGAGAGCCACCAUAAGGCCAAGGGAAAGUGAGAAGCCUAGAAUUUUUGCAGUACUUCUUAUUCUCCGAAAUCAAAGGCUCUUUUCAGAGCCACCCACUAAUUCUUUUAAAAGUGCUGGAAUACGUUAAGCCUAAAUGUUUAGGCUUCAUUUUUCAUUUUACUGUAUUUCUGGAGCUACAAUUAAUAGAUCCCAACACUAGAGGAAAGUGCUCGUUUUUGACUCUGCAACAGUGCAUUGUGUUUAAUUAUAUUUUAUGAUUCAAACACUAAAAGUAGGAGGGAAAACUCGGUUCCUGGUACCCCAAUUCCUAUAGAGAAGUGUCAUGCAUUAUUGUUAGAAAAGAAUUAUUAAAAAUAAGAACGAGAACAAAGAGAAAAGCUACCCAAUCACUUUGCAGGGCGGGUUUUUUGAAUUACCAAGAAGGCGCCAAGUCCCUAGGCUGCCUACAUCAUAGGUUUUAUCCAGGACACAAUGUGCAUGGUAUC